CCCCCUCCCGGCGCCUUGUGUGUGGGGCCCCCCGCCGUGAGGAGGUGCGCGGCUCUGUGCGAAUCCAUGGACUGCAACAGGAAACCCGGCUUCUACUACGACAAGCUCCUGAAAAACUGCAUCAACUGCAGCACGGUCUGCGGGCAGCACCCCAAGCAGUGCGCCCCGUCCUGUGAAGGUAGGGCCGGGUUUCUCAGCUCACCCAUCUCUGCCUGCCCCACAGCGAGUGCCCUGGGAGCCACCUCGCUCCCGGUCCCGGCGCCUGUGCUGGAGCAGAAGACGUACGUGGAGCAGGAGCCGUGGCUGGUGGGGUACCCUUCGUUUUUUUUGGGGCUCUGCCUCUGCACCCUCCUCUGCUCCCUGCUCCUGGGCUGGACCCACCUGCGGAGGAAGGGAGAGGGGGUCUCCUGCCAAGACAGCGCUGGGCCCUGCCACCGCAGGGAGGACUCCUCCAAAGAUCAUCUGGUGGAAGCAGGCAGCGUUGGCGAUGGAUCCACUGGCAGCAGGCUCCCAGAGCCAGUGGAAACCUGUGGCUUCUGCUUCCCUGGACAAGGUUCUGCUGUACAAGAGACCAAAUCAUGCCACAGCACCUCCUGCCACAGCGGGGAAAGAGCUGCUCCCUCUCACAGCGGGAUCUGCAGCACGGGAAGUGCUGGGGCCAUUCCCAGCCCUGACGAUGGCCACUUCAAAAUCAUAUGUUCUCCUUCACAAGAGAAGGCACCCAUGGUGUGA